AAACAGUUGCCGGCUCGGUGUCAGUGGGGUCGCACCUCGCGCACCCCACUGACCGCCGAGGGGAGCUUUUUUUAGCAGCUGGGAACUCAGGCCGUGACAGCAGAAGACCGUACAACUGUCGAUCUCCCCAAUAUUGAGAGUCAGAGCAAGCCCAGUCAGGAUCCAACGCAAACGGAAGAAGAUGGGACCGGUGAGGGUCACCUCCCGUCUUCUGACGUCAUUGAUGACGUUGCUGGUGGUGACGUCACUCUUACCAUCUACACUGGGCUGCAAAGACACUUCCAUCUGCCGAUUCUCGUGCUGCACUGCUGUGCCCAACUGUGACGAGGCUAAGCGGAUUGACUGCAUCUGCCCGGUACUAGAUGAGAUGAUACUGACGCCCGACUCCAUCCCGGCCGGCACCACUUCUCUAAGCAUCUCCAAAGUGUCCAACUUGACCAUCGGAGGACACUCUUUCCAUCGUCUGAACUCACUGAUACACUUCACCGUGAGCGACAUUGGAGCUGUUAUCAUCGGAAGAAAAGGGAUGAGUCUGCAUCCCAAAAAUGUGCUUCGCAUUUUCAUCGCCAGAAGGGUUGAGUCAUUGAACGUUGACGAGCAUGGUUUGACAGGCAAAUGGCAAACCGAGCCUGAACAGACGACGAUCAUAUUCGAGGAAAUCAAAGAGCUCAACAUCGCUUCCAGAGGACUCAGCUAUGCGACUUCGGAGUCGGACGAAGGGCUCACUGUCAGGAUCAGUAACAUCGCAACCCUCUCGCUGGCCUCAAAGGCGUUUGACGCCCGCAUCAGAGAUCUCCUUCUAGAAAACGUUAGCAUGCCACAAUGUCACAUGGGAACUUUUGAAAACAAAAUCCACUCACUGGAGUUGAAUAAGGUCACAAUACUGGAUGUCAAAACGCGAUGUUUCAAUAGCGUUGGGGAGCACGGCAACGGCCUAGAUUGUGGAGUCCACAUCACAAACAGCACGCUGGGAACUGUGAAGUCGCAGGCGUUCUCCGGAAAUAUCACAAACAUCAAACUAGAUCAAAAAACCCUGGUUGGAAAAGUGAAUAAGCAUGGUUUUCAGGUGCAGGCCAAGGACUUCAUCGUCAAAAAUUCCAAGAUCGACACCCUAAGCUCCAAAAGUCUUUCGGUCACUUGCAAGAAAACUUUUGCAAUCAAGGAUGUAAGCAUCGGACGUCUUCGCACUGACGCAUUCAAAGACGUACGGGCGGUGCGGCAGAGUGUCCCUACAGUAAGCCUGGAGUCCCUAGAAGUUGGUGUCGCCGAGCCCGGAUCGCUGUCUUUCCAACGCUGCCUCUGCGUGGAUGCCUCUAAGCUUCACAUCCAGCUGUCUGACGAAGAGAAAUGCCCGACAGAGCAGUGGGCCCGCAGGAUUCUGGGAGUUACGGAUCAGCAGGCGCUAUACUGGGAGAUUCGUCAACUGUACCAAAGUCUGCGUGAAAGCAGCAGCGGCUGUGAUAAGAACGGGGAACCUCAAUUGACAACGGCAGUCGAAGACGAGUCGUGCCCGUACCCAGACGACGCAGAAGAGGUAGUGGAGAGCGGCGUGAGCGGUGAAGAAACCAGCGAAGGUGUCAUCUCUGACGAAAAACGUCCCAGUGGUCAGAAUGAGACAGGUUCGAGUGGAGGAGUGUCUGCUUGCUGGAAGUGGGCCGCCAUAGUACUGAUGGUGGUGGUGGUGGUGGCGGUGGUGGCGGUGAUGUUUGCACUGAAGAUGUGUACAUUUUAACCCGCGCCCCACUGGGGUCUGCGUAUAACACUGGGGGGGGGGGGGCUAUUCAUAGCCCCCCUCCUAACUCCGAAACUACUGGGCCGAUCAUCAAAAUUCAAACGGCGUCUGAUAGCUCCGGAAAAACUGUCAAGCGAAACCUAAUUUCAUUGACCUCGAGGUCACUGAUGACGUCACAGGUCAGGUCAAAGUAAAAAUUAUUAGCAUUUUGGCUUCUUCACGUUUUGGGCUCUGGCCGCCGUCUUACAAGUCAAAUCAGGCUCAUUUUUGGUUCACACACUCGUGAACAGAUGCUCUAGAUACUCUGAGGGUACCAAACUUGUACUUUGUUUUUCAGGUCAAGGUCAGGUCAUCACAGGUCACGAAAAUAUUAUAUCAUCCGUCGGUCACGUGACACAUGUUUUAUGGUCCAUUUAGGCCAAACAUUUCGAAUUUGAUGUCGUUUGUGUCAUUCGAGGUCAUUUUGAGUCAAAUUUAGCUUAGGCCAGGUCACUUUCAGGUCAAAAAAGGUCAAAUUUCGAAGCUAUAAUUUUUCAACAAAAAAAGGUAUCUAUUGAAUGCAGUUUGAGCUCAGAAACACGAUGGUGCUAUUUAUAUUGGCGUACGAUGUCAAAUUCGUGCUGAAAAAUUGAUUUGAAAAAUUAAUAAUUGUUAAUUUUUUGCAAUAAUGCGUAUAACUUGGCCAUUUUUGAAGAUAUUUAGCUAAAACUUGCUAGAGUUAGUCAUAAUAAAGCGUUCUAUCACAUAUAUUUCGUUUUUUUUGGAAAAGUAAAAAAAAAAAAUUGAAAAAAAUGUAAAAAUAUAAAUUUUGAAUUUUAUUAUAUACAAUUUUCGACAUUUUCAACAUUUCGAAAAUCCGAGAUAGCAGUUUGAUAGCGCAGUCUAUUCUGAGUACUCUCAUGCAAAGAAAUUGGAUCUAGCUUAAAAACUGAGCUCUUGGGAGCGAUUGCCGUGGUUCAAUGUUUUGCGUCGAAAUCGGCCGAACAUGACGUCACUCUGACGUCAUUUCCGGCCGACCUAUGGUAGAUACGAAGUUCAAAUUUUGACACAAGGUGUCAAAUUGAUGCAGCCGAAGGUACUGAAAGUUUGGCGUCGAUACGUCAAGCGGUUUGGAAGGUAUUGCAGAAAAACGGGAGGGGGGCUAUAAAUAGCCCCCCCCAGUGGGGCGCGGGUUAAUACAUAUUAAGUGCUCUUUCUUGUAGUUAACUCAGGCAAGGAUGCGGCGUUUACCCCGCGACCCAUUGGGGGAGGGGGGUAAAGGGCCUCCGUGGUUUUUCGCAGAUAACUCAGAAACGGCUACCAAUGGGGAUGUUCGGCUUAUUUCCUCACCAGGUGGCAGCACUGCCUUCUUUGGACACAGAAACUGUGGCGGCGAAUGCGCCACUGUGUUUUGCACUGUGUGGAGUCCGUGUCGGUUCGAGGGACUGAAUUUCGGUGAAUUUGAUAGCAAUUGAUUUGAAUUUUGCUCAGAUGGGUUGUGAAUUUAUAUUCAGCAAGUGUCACAAACAUGGAAAGGCGAGUUAACAAAGGACAGGAGACUUAGAAAGGCUUCAAUUGACGUAGCCGAAGAGAGGCGAGAAGCCGAAGAUAGACCGACACCAAACGGUAAUUCCAUGGAUUUGCCAUGGAUGUAACACGUUUCCAGACAUUUUUUUUUUGGUGAGCAUGACUAAGAAUAUAAAUAGUCUUACUUAACUCAUAGCUGGAUCUUGUAUUGCGGCUAUUGCCCAUAUGAAGUAAUUUACCUGUAUAAGUUUGUGGGCAUAUCAAUAUAGGAAAUUGACCUGCCCUUUGAGAAAGGCAUUGAAAGAUGAUACAUGCUGCUGAGAAUGAUCAUAUAAAUUCAAUGCAUUUUUAUAAGAUUCAUUGCAAGCAUUUUUAGCAGUGUUCUACUUUGUCUGGUACCAAAGAUGUUGCAUGCAGAUAAAGGUUUUGAUGGAAAAAGACAAAUAGUAUCUAUUUUGAGUACACCAGCAACCAGGAGGUAAAUGUAAUAGAACUUUAAGCUACCUACUAUUUAUGAAUUGUUACAAGUAUUGAUCAUCCUACAUGGUGUUACAGGUGCCCAGUGCAGUCAUGCUUCUGGUGCGGUGUCAGUUUUAGACCACUUCCAUUUACGGUGAAGGAUCGUUGCCUCAUGGGUUGAUGGCGAAUUCAAUGAACUUUGAUAUUCUAUAUUUGCGAUUUCUUUCUUUCAAAUAUUUAACAAAUGAGAGCAAAAAAUCCACUAAGUGCGUACUCUUAUACGACUUCACCCUAUUUUUCUUUUUUAAUGAUUGGCUCGUAAAACAUUGCGCGUGUGCGCCUUACGAGUUCCUAUUGACUAAUUAUCAAGUCCCGGAACCGUUCUAGAAUUAGAACAAAAGUUCCGUGCAGGGAGACAGUGAGCUAUUAACAUUACACAAACACCAAAAUGCUUAAUUCACCUACAAGAAGCACACAUAUUACUGAUUCGUAAUACACUCUCAACCCACCAAAUCAAUAUCUUCUCAACUACUGUUCCACUAAUGGUGCUGGUAUGCGAUUAUUCUAUCGGUUAAGCCGGAAGAUCGUGGCAAAAUACGGUCUGACUCCUGCAAUGUGUUAUCGGUAUUAAGUGGAGGGGGGAGGGGGCCACCGAUAAAGACUAUCACACAGGAUGUAAAGAAUAUGCACAUUUAUUACGAUAGCAAAUGGAACUGCCAUUACUUAGUUCGACA